UCGUGUCCCGGCUCCCCCAGAGGAGGCAAAAUGAGUGUCCCUGACUACAUGCAGUGUGCUGAGGACCACCAGACGCUCCUGGUUGUGGUGCAGCCCAUCGGUAUCGUGCCAGAAGAGAGUUUCUUUCGCAUCUACAAGCGGAUUUCAGCUGUGAGUCUAGUUAACGUGCGCGACUCCCAGCGCGUGCUGUAUAUCCGCUAUAGGCAUCACUACCCACCAGAGAAUAACGAGUGGGGGGAUUUUCAGACGCACCGCAAGGUCGUGGGGCUGAUAACUAUUACGGAGUGCUCCUCCGCAAAGGAAUGGCCUCAGACCUUUGAAAAAUUCCACCUCCAGAAGGAAACGUAUGGCUCGACGCUGUACGAUUCCCGCUUGUUUGUCUUCGGCCUGCAAGGGGACAUCGCAGAGCAGCCGCGCACGGACGUGGCGUUCUACCCCAGUUAUGAGGAGUGUGAGACUGUGGAGAAGAGGAUAGAAGAUUUUAUUGAAUCCCUUUUCAUCGUGUUGGAGUCUAAGCGACUUGACAGAGCCACGGAUAAGUCCGGAGACAAGAUCCCGCUCCUCUGUGUUCCUUUUGAAAAGAAGGAUUUUGUGGGUCUGGACACAGAUAGUAGGCACUAUAAGAAGCGUUGUCAAGGCCGGAUGAGGAAACAUGUUGGUGACCUGUGUUUGCAAGCUGGGAUGUUACAGGAUUCUUUGGUGCAUUAUCACAUGGCUGUGGAACUUCUGCGGUCUGUAAAUGACUUUUUGUGGCUUGGAGCUGCUCUGGAAGGGCUAUGUUCAGCAUCAGUCAUCUAUCAUUACCCUGGUGGUACUGGAGGUAAAGCUGGAACUCGUAGGACACAAGGGGGUUCACUUUCUGCCGAGGCAGGCAACAGGCACAGACCAGGGGCACAGGAAGUUCUCAUUGAUCCAGGGGCCCUGACUUCAAAUGGUAUCAAUGCAGAUACCAGUGCUGAGAUAGGACGUGCCAAGAAUUGCCUUAGUCCUGAGGACAUCAUAGAUAAAUAUAAAGAAGCCAUUUCUUAUUACAGCAAGUACAAGAACGCUGGUGUGAUUGAACUGGAAGCCUGUGUGAAGGCCGUGAGAGUCCUUGCAAUACAGAAAAGGAGCAUGGAAGCUUCUGAGUUUCUUCAGAAUGCAGUUUAUAUCAACCUUCGUCAGCUUUCAGAAGAAGAAAAAAUCCAACGGUACAGCAUUCUUUCUGAGCUCUACGAAUGCAUUGGCUUUCACCGAAAAUCUGCUUUUUUCAAGCGCGUAGCAGCAAUGCAGUGUGUGGCCCCUAGCAUACCAGAACCUGGCUGGAGGGCCUGCUACAAGUUGCUUUUGGAAACACUCCCUGGCUAUAGCCUGUCACUGGAUCCGAAAGAUUUCAGCCAAGAAAAGAAGGAUGUAACCCAGAGCUUGGAAAGCUACACAUCAAAAUGUCCUGGCACCAUGGAUGUCAUUACUCUUCCAGAUGGCCUGAAGUUACCUCCAGUUCCGUUCACCAAAUUGCCUAUUGUGAAAUCUGUGAAGCUCUUGAAUCUCCCCACCAGCCUCCGACCUCACAAAAUGAAAAGUUUACUUGGUCAGAACAUGACAACCAAAAGCCCCUUUAUAUAUUCUCCAAUUAUUGCACACAACCGGAGUGAAGAACGAAGUAAGAAAAUAGAUUUCCAGUGGGUCCAGGGAGAUGUGUGUGAAGUCCAGCUGAUGGUGUACAACCCUAUGCCUUUUGAGCUGCGAGUAGAAAACAUGGGUCUUUUGACAGCAGGAGUAGAAUUUGAAUCUCUUCCUGCAGCUCUUUCCCUACCUGCGGAAUCUGGUCUCUAUCCGGUAACUCUUGUUGGAGUUCCUCAAACCACUGGGCAGAUCACUGUCAAUGGUUAUCAUACGUCAGUUUUUGGAGUCUUCAGUGACUGCCUUCUGGACAACCUGCCAGGAGUCAAGACCAAUGGCUGUACUGUUGAAGUCGUUCCAGCUUUGCCGAGGCUGCAGAUCAGUACCUCCCUUCCCAGAUCUGCUCAUACGCUUCAGCCUCCUUCGGGGGAUGAAGUUUCCUCUAGUGUAUCUGUCCAGCUUUACAACGGGGAGACCCAGCAGCUUAUCAUUAAGCUAGAAAAUAUUGGAACAGAACCAUUGGAGAAGCUAGAGGUCACAGCAAAAACAAUCAACAACAAGGAGAAACUGUAUGGUGACUUCUUGAGUUGGAAUCUAGAAGAAACCCUCUCCCAAUUUCCUCUAAAACCUGGGAAGAUUGCAACGUUUACUGUGAAUAUUAAAGUGAAGCUGGACUUCUCCUGCCAGGAAAAUCUUUUGCAAGAUCUCAAUGAUGAUGGAAUCAGCGUUAGUGGACUUUCCAGUCCUUUCCGACAGGUUGUCAAACCACGAGUGGAGACUAAACCCCUCAAUCCACCAGAAGGCAGCAAAGCUGGCGACUUCAGUCACGUGAAGACACUGGAAGCCAUUCUGAAUUUUAAAUAUUCCGGUGGACCAGGACACAUUGAAGGAUACUACAGGAACCUUUCACUGGGUCUCCACGUAGAAGUAGAGCCAUCCGUUUUCUUUACACGGGUCAGCACCCUGCCAGCCACCAGCACCCGGCAAUGCCAUCUACUUCUUGAUGUCUUCAAUUCCACAGAGCGUGAGUUGACCAUUAGUGCUAAGAACAACCAAGAUUUAAUUCUGCAUGCAGGGGAGUGUCAGCGCAUGGCCAUCCAAGUGGACAAGUUCAGCUUUGAGAGUUUCCCAGAAUCCCCUACAGAUGGAUCCCAGUUUGCGAACGCCAAGCAGCUGGAAGAGGAAAGGCAGCAGGCUAAAGGUCUGGAGAUUAACAGCAAGCUGGAUAUUUGCUGGAAAAUUCCUUCUCUGAAGCGGGAAGGGGAAGCCAGUGUGGAAGGUGUUCUCAAUCAGCUGGUCCUAGAGCAUCUACAACUGGCUCCUCUCCAGUGGGACGUCCUUGUUGAUGGAAAGCUUUGCGACUGUGACAUUGUGGUAGACUGCAAAGUUGGGGACCCUGUCCCGCUAGAGGUGAAGCUGACCAACUGGAGCAAACACAGCGUGGGCCCUUUCGCUCUCACAGUGACACCGUACCAGGACUACCAAAACGGGGUGCACAACUAUGAGCUGCAAGAUGCCAUCACUUUUGUGGGAUCCAACACCUUUUACAUUGAUUCGGUGAAGCCAACCAAAGACUCUGUGUACUUCGGAGCACUUCUCUUUCUUUACACAGGUGACUUCUACCUGAAUAUCAAAUUCCACGAGGACAACUGCAGCAAGGAUCUCCCUCUCUCCUGGUUCUGCCUUCCCAGUGUUCACAUCCGUGCGAUGGAGCCUGUCAUCCAAACUCAACUGUAGAUGUGCUGCCUGCUGUUUGAUUAACGACAGUGCACAGAAAUGCUUGGCACAGUCUCUGCUUGACCCCAGCUUGUUUCUGUCCACCCCCCGGCCACAGUCCCUACUUUGGAGGAACAGCUGAACACUUUCUGAAUUGGCUGGUAGUCAUUUGGGCAGCUGCUUUAGCUAAUUUCAGAGAGAGAGAGAAAGAUUAUAAAUAUGCUGGAGUUCUCCUCUGCUUCCAAAAAGCCUUUGAAACAGCUAAUAUGUGCAUUAUGCUUUCAUACACCCCAUUGAUAUCAGCAGAUUUGAAAAGAUCUUGAAGGCUGAAUUUAAGCUUAUAUUUGAAGGUAUCAAUUCCGAUUUGGAUAGUCCUUCUUUAUUGUUUCAGCAAGAGUUGUGUAUCUAUAUUAAAUGUCUCUUGGUGUACCACAGACUCAUGGUGUGCAGUAGGUACCCUUGGGGUGUAGAUCUCCUUUGGGCUCUCUGGCUUGUUCAUGUUCCAUUUGUUUGUUGAGUAUUUGGUGUUUUCAGUGGUAAAUAGUGGUAGUGAUGCCUAUUCUUGUGUUGCUUAGUGAAAGUAAGAAUAGCAGACAUUCCUCCAGGUAUUCUCAUCCUCCCCUGAGCUCAGCACCUCUGCUCCUGGUGGAGUCACUACCUUUUGUUCUGGAGAUCUGUGGACAGGAAAAGGAGAAUGGCAAAGAAGAGCUGAAUUUUUGUCCUUGAGAAAAGAAAUAAGCUAGCUGGGGGCUAGCCUAUCAAUUCAUGACUAUGAACAGUCAUGUUUCCACCAGAAUUAAUCAGCUGACCAUUUUUACCACUUUGUGUGAGUUUUGCAGACUCUUCUGAUCAGGUAUUUCAUGCUAAUAGGCUCAGCUGGAUUAUGUGCUUUAUGUGCUUUUUCUUGUCUUUUUUUUUUAAGAUGAUUAAGUUUAAUGAUUAGGCAAUUAAAGCCAUGGAAUUCCCGACCAAAAUAGUAGCUGCUGAAUGUACUGAAAAUAUAACCAGUUGUUUUUUUCCAGUUAAUGUUUUUGCGUGGAGAAACCUGAAUUUACUCCAGACAAAGCAAGGAGAUAUUUCAUCUGCUUGACUUAUAUGUUACUUCAUGGACCAUAGACUUCAAACAUGACUCUUAUCUUUUCUUAGAUUUACACCCUGCUGUUGUUAAAGCUGGUGGUAGAACCUUACAGAGGAUGAAUACGCCAAGAUGUGGCAGGAAGCUCAAAUUACCUCUGUCUGUGCUACAUCUGCAUGCACGACUGUUUUUGUUUAAGCUUUAUCCACAUCUGGAUAGACUGCUUUAUGCCUGCAUUGGUGUGUCUGCUGAUGCCAUGGAGCUGUAGGCUGGAGAGCCACCUGCCAUGGAUCUCUACACCAUGUUAUAAUUGUGGAUGUGACAGCUGUUUUAUGUAGGAUCAUGGCAGUGCUCAGAACUCAAUACACUUAUCCUAUAUUUUCUUAAUUUGAAGGAACCGUAGCUGUAGCUUGAUGGUUAUGUUCCCAGUGGGUAUUAUCUCUCAACCUUGUAUUGUGGCAAUCUCAUCAGUGUUCGCUCUUAAGCUGUGGCUCUGCACGGGGCUUGAAUUCCAGAGUAGAAGUCUUCAGACGUAAAGUGAAGGAAGUCUGAGGCUGGAUGAACACUUGCUUGCAAUGAUGUGCCACUGUCAGAUGCCAGUGAACAGUGUCUGGUGACAAAACAGUUCCCUAGACUUACACAGUGGCUCUGAGCCUGAGACACCAGUGGGAAGAGGGUCCAAGCAGCAGAGCUGGGUACAUCCUGUGUCACAAGACUGAGUCUCCACCACUAGAUAGUCAUGUAUGCAUAAAAUAAGAUCCCAGGAGAGCAGGAAUUAGGCUGUUUGCUCUUCUUCAUGAAAGCCUGCUUUUGACAUGUGUCUCUGUACUAUAUUACACAACACUGCAAAAUCCGAAUUGUGUUUUAUUCAGUAUUCCCAGCAGGUAGUCUGCAGAUGCUGGGAGUACAGCUAAGGCUUUAUAAGGGCCACAUUGCAUUUGAAACAAAAAUACAGUGAAGCUGAUGUUGCAGUCAGGAUGCUUCAGCUUGCCCAGCUAAGGGAGCUUCUCAUAGUUGGGUUUUGAGAGUAGUCCAUGAGAGCAGAGGGUAUGUGGUGAAGCCUGUACUGAGGCACAACCCUUUAAUUAUAAAGGGGCAAUAUGUGCUCUUAAAUAUAAGCAUUUAUGUGUGAGCAGACCCUUAAUGGUCUGUCUGUUCAUUAUAUAGAAUAGCGCUGUGUCCCCUGUCAGCUUUGAUGGUUAGUUGCUUUUGGCAGUUAUGAUAUCUUUUCCAGUUUUCUUACACUUCUACUCGUCUUGGUGAGAGAGAUAAAACACAGGAAAUUCUUCCUUCUGGGGAUCAUUUGUGACUUCUCCAGAAGGGGAGUGUGAAAGUGUCAAGUAAUUUGGAGAAGGGUGAGGGAAAGGUACUUUAAAAUGAGAAUACUGCAUGACUUUGUUUUCUUUUUAAUGGGAGAUUUUGCUGGAAUUUCUGUCAGGAUUGGUACUCACAGUGGCUUGAAUAAAGGAUGAUAGUUUUCUGAUAUGCUCUCCCAUUCUGGAACUGAAAACUUGUUUUUACUUCUCUGAACCACUAUGCUAUUAUUUUGAACAUGAUGAGCCAAUCUCUGCAUUGUUAUACAGAUGUAAAUGUGAUGUGAUCCCAUUUGGUUGAAUUAAAUCAUUCCUAAU